AUGGCUCUGGUCGACUACGGCUCGGACUCUGAGGGUGAACAGGCUCAGCAGCACCCGCACAAGCAACUCCCGACCGUGCAGGACGACGCGACCGCCGACAUCGACGACGGCGAGGACGACUUCAACCCGCAGGACGCAUUCGGGCUUGCGCGCAUCUCUGAGGCGGAGAAACAGGCUGCUGGAGGCGCAGGCCAGGCGCAGGCGGGCCCGGCGGCUGCUGGGACGAGCAAGUCGAGCGCUCCGGAGGUCAUCAGUGCGCACCUCCCGACAAGCAACACCCUCGUCACUCGCCCGACAGACAACGUGAUCUAUUACAACGCCUCGUACACCGAUUUGACUCGACCAGUGCAGGGCCCGGCGAACCCCUGGAACGACGGGCGGCUGGAGAAGCAGAACGUCUUGACGGGCCACGUCGAGCAGCAGCAUUUCUCCGACCUCACCUUCAACGAGCAGCAACGAUCGUUCCACGUCCUCGGCUACGCCGCAAACCCUUCUCUCGCGACCGACGGCGGCUACGUCGGCGACGUCCGCAAGGCGUACGAGCAGGGCGGAACCUUGAUCAGCGACGUUCGACCUUCGCGAUCGCAGGUUAAGGCGACUCGGCGGAAGCGGAAGGCCAAGGGUCGGUUGGGCGAGUUUGACGACCCUGAUGCGGAGGAAGAACAGGAGGAAGAGGAGGUUGACGAGGUUGGAGCGGACGGCGAGGUGAGGCAGGUCAAGCGCAAGAAGGAGAAGCCGCAGCGGGAGUACCUCGGUCCGUGGGCUGGAUGGGAGGGCGAAAAGAUCGAAGUUGUUGCGCCGACGGAGGAGGAGUACGAGGAGCAGGAGGCGGCGGGUGGGCCGUUGCUCAACAAGCAGGAGAGGCGAAAGAAGCUGCUCGAGGACGCGGGGCGGAAGGAGGUCGGCUUUGGCGAGGAGAAGAGUGUCUUCCACGGCAAGGAAACGCGCGACUACCUCGGCCGCACCUACCUGCACGUCCCGAACGAUCUCGACGGCGUCAACCUGCGCGGCGAACCUGGCUCACAAGAGUCGUUCGCUCCGAAGCGGUGCAUCCACACCUGGAGCGGACACACGAAGGGUGUCAGCCGGAUCCAGCUCUUCCCCGGAAGUGGUCACCUCAUCCUGUCCGGCAGUCUCGAUACGAGGAUCAAGCUUUGGGACGUCUACCGGGAGGGCAAGUGCUUGCGGACGUUCAUGGGCCACUCGAAAGCGGUUCACGACGUUACGUUCGACAACAACGGCGCGCAGUUCAUGUCCGCCGCGUUUGACCGGCAGAUGAAGCUGUGGGACACUGAGACUGGUCAAUGCAAGCAGGCGUUCUCGAACGGCCAGAUCCCGUACUGCAUCCGGUUCCACCCGGAGCAGCAGUCGACCUUCCUUGCCGGCAUGUCGAACAAGAAGAUUGUCCAGUACGACAUCCGCUCGGGCGAGAUCACGCAGGAGUACGACCGACACUUGGGACCGGUCAACACCAUCACGUUCGUCGACGAGAACCGCCGGUUCAUCACGACGUCGGACGACAAGAAGAUGUGUGUCUGGGACUUUGACAUCCCCGUCCCCAUCAAGCUCAUCCAGGACCCGAGUAUGCACUCGAUGCCUGCGACUGGCUUGUCUCCCGAUGGCAAGUGGCUCGCCGCGACCUCGCUCGACAAUCAGGUCGUCAUCUUCGCCGCCGACACUUUCAAGCAGAACCGCAAGAAACACUUCGGCGGCUACGAAGUGUCCGGCUACGCCUGCGAGCCGCGCUUCUCUCCCGACGGCCGCUUCCUCUCGUCCGGCGACGGCCAGGGCAACAUGGUCUUCUGGGACUGGAAGACGGGUCGCAUCGCCUCGAGGCUGCACCGCGCGCACAAGCAGGUCAUCAUUAGUCAUGCUUGGUUGCCGCACGAGACGUCCAAGGUUGUCACGUCGUCGUGGGAUGGGCUCAUCAAGCUGUGGGACUGA